GUGGCGGCAGCAUGGCGCUGGAGUCCAUCCGCUACAAGCCGGGCUCCCUGCAGGUGCUCAACCAGCUGCUGCUGCCCCAGCAGAGCCUCUACGAAGCGGUGGUCUCGGUGCAGCAGGCCUGGGAGGCCAUCCGCGCCAUGAAGGUGCGCGGUGCCCCCGCCAUUGCGCUCGUCGGAUGUCUCAGCCUCGCCGUGGAGCUGCGCUCCGGCGCGGGCGGCCCGGGCCCCGCAGAGCUCGCGGCCUUCGUGCGCGACCGGCUGAGCCUCCUCGUCACCGCGCGACCCACCGCGGUGAACAUGGCCCGCGCCGCCCGCGACCUGGGGGCCGCUGCGGCCCAGGAGGCGGCACGCGACGGCGCCACCGAGGAGGCGGUGCGGGAGAGAGUGAUCCGCUACGCCGAGGACAUGCUGGAGAAAGACCUGAGGGACAACCGUAGCAUCGGGGACCUGGGAGCCUACCACCUCCUGGACCGGGCAGCCCCCCAGGGUGGCAAGGUGAGCGUGCUGACCCACUGCAACACUGGCACACUGGCCACCGCUGGCUACGGCACAGCCCUGGGUGUGAUCCGGUCACUGCACCAGUUGGGCCGCCUGGAGCACGCCUUCUGCACGGAAACCCGGCCCUACAACCAGGGUGCACGGCUGACAGCCUUCGAGCUGGUAUACGAGGGCAUCCCUGCCACCCUCAUUGCUGACAGCAUGGCAGCUGCCGCCAUGGCCCACAGGGGCGUAUCAGCUGUUGUCGUGGGAGCUGACCGGGUGGUCGCCAACGGAGACACUGCCAACAAAGUGGGCACCUACCAGCUGGCCAUUGCUGCCAAGCACCACAGCAUCCCCUUCUACGUGGCUGCCCCCAGCUCCUCUUGUGAUCUCCGUCUGGAGACUGGCCAGGAUAUCGUCAUUGAGGAACGCCCCGCCCACGAGCUCACUGAUGUAAACGGGGUCAGGAUUGCAGCACCUGGUAUUGAGGUUUGGAAUCCCGCCUUUGAUGUCACCCCACAUGACCUCAUCACUGGUGGCAUUAUUACGGAGCUGGGUGUCUUCACGCCCAAG